CUUGUAUAUUCCCAGAUUUACUUAUGUUAAAGAGCUUUGAAUGGGAGCGUUUUUCAGUUGUUGCCUUGACAGUGGUAGCGUUCCUGACGAUAACCUUAGUAAACAGGAUAACCAGUUGGUAAAUGCGCAUAAACUCAAAGCGGAAGACUUGGACAGGAUUGGACAAACCACCAAGAAAAAGCCAUUCAAUUACGCAUUAAAACAUGCCGCAUCCCAACAUGGUUAUGCACCUUCCGCUCUUUACUCACAUUUACUAGAUAAUCCGGUUAUUCAUCAUAUAAUAUUUAAAAAGGUUGAUCCGGUGGCUGCCAAGUACAUGCGUCCCGAGGAGCUGUCCUUCGCCCGACACUGCUACGCACCGGAAAUCGUCCGUGGACGCUCAUCCGCCGAGCUGGUUAACACGCACGUGGCAAGUAUUGGCGGACGGCAGCCGAUUCGCACACCUUCUUCCGGUCACGCUAUAAACCAUCCCUUGCAUCGCUGUUACAGCCAAGAUUAGCUUUUACAUUUGCUUAUACGAUCGUACUGUACAGGCAUGUACAGUACAAUACUUCCAUCUGCUUUGCAGAAUAUGUGGCUUGACCUUUUUAACAUUUUAAUUUUAAUGUAAACUGUACUUGUUUAUUCUUUCAUAGCCUAUGUACAAUACGUAGGAACUUGACUUAUGCAAGAAGGAUCUAUUGUACACAGCUGACUUGGGAGCAAAAGAUAUU